AAUGACAAACUAACAAACGACACUCCGAUUUCGCGUCAAAAAUUUUUUCAAUUAAAAAAUUUAUUUCGUUUUUAGGUUAAUUCUUUUAUUUACACUCAUUGCAAAAAUAUUAUCAAGAAUGGAGGAAGAAACAAUUAAAGUCGAAAAUCUGGAUGAUUCAAUUACUAUCGAUCGAAAUCCUGUGCCACUUGCUUUCUGUGCUCGACCAACACUUCCCGCAAAAAUUGGAAUGAAGACAGAAGAUGGAAUCGUCGAUCAACUUUUGGAUCUUGUUGAUCCUAUCACCGUUGUGAAUCCUACUGAAAUUCGCCAGGCUCCAUCAUUGAAAAGCUUCGGAUGCGACACUGAAAGUGAAUUUGAGUUUUCUGGAGAUGAUAGCGAUUUCGAAAAUAUCAACGAUUUACGAGCCGGUGCACUUGAUUCUGAUGAAGAGUUUGACAGGCUAGUAAAGUUUUCCGCAAAGAUUAUUGAGAAGACACACAAGUCAGAGUACCCGGAUGAAAAUGGAAAAAAGCAGCGGAAGCCAAAAAAGUCACAAAAAACGCGUAAUGUUCACGAGUAUGAUGAUAUGCCACCACUCGAGAAUCUCAGUAUUGAAUGUAAAGGACAAUUGCUGGAAUUUGGUUUUGUAAGCAAAGUCGUGGAUUGUCAAGUUGUUAUCAUUUCAACAUGCACAGAAGUUCUCGACUUCGAUUCAUUUCUUUUCGAUCAAAAAGGAAAUGCGUUGGGACAAAUUUAUGACAUUUUUGGACAAGUCAAAAAUCCACAAUACGUUAUUCGAUUCAAUUCUUGUGAAGAGGCAUCGAUGAUACCCAUUGACAUGAAAGUAUAUUAUGCUCCUACAGAAGAACAAUUUUCCAAAACUCCAUUCAAAGGACUUAAUCUUGCUGCAGCAAAUAGGGAUGCUAUUAAAUCCCUAAAUCGUCGCAUUGAUCAUCAAGAAGCUGUUGCAAAAGCUGGUGAAACGAUGGCUCAGGUUGGCAUCGGUAGUGACGUGGAGUUCAGUGAUGAUGAAGCGGAGAAAGAAUUUAAACGCACCACAUAUACCCAACCAGCUAGUCAAAUGUCAAGAGGAUUCGAUUCGAACAGAGGGCGAAAACGAGAUCGCCGCGGAGGACAAAAAGUUAGAUUUUCUGCUCAGAAUCCACCUGCCAGAUCGGAUAAUCUUGGGCCCAUCCCUCAGCAGCCAUCUGCGCCACCGCCACCUGCUCGUCCAGCACAAUCAACCGAAUCAAAUCCAUAUGCCGAAUUCGGAUGUCAUUCUGGAUUCAACGGACGUUUUGGAAUUUAAUUUUUUGUUAAAAUAUCGUUACACAUUGAAUACUUUGUUGGAUAUAUUGUAACAUUUUUUCGUUGUUAUUGUUGCACUUUUGGAAUUGACGCGUGAAUAAACUUCAUUUUUACAU